AUGGCUAUUGCGCAGUAUCGAGAACGUCUCGAGAAAGUGAAUGGCGCUCUCCAAGGACUUUUACAGAAGCGCUCAGUGCUCAGUGGUAUGGACUACCACACGGUCGCGCCCGCUAUUAGCUGCGAUAUGCGCAUCAAACAAGACCCACGACGCGGCAAGAUGAUCGAGUUCGUCACCUCAACGCCCAUGUCUUGUUCGCUGGAAGACGACUCGGAGAUCGUGUGGAAGGAGCUGUCGACGUACCGUGAAUACCCGGACAAACUCUACAGAUGCUUCGUCAUGAGUCUCAAAAGUCCCUCGGGAAUGCUCGAGCUGGACGGCGUCCAGUACUUGGAGAAGUUCGAGGAAAUGGACCGGACUAUCGUAGCUGUUGCCGAGCGCAUGGUGUUGCCCUCCAAGAGCUUACAGUAUUGGAACGAGAGCUGGCUGACAAUUACACCGGCAGCCUCUGACGCGGGUGUGGCUGUCGUCGAGAUCUUUCUCCAACUCUACUUGGAGCGAGACGACGGACUGGUGGCGUGUCCAGAGGACCUCGCGUAUGCACAGGACGUCGUCAUGGGCUGUUUGGGCAACACGUUGCGCAAGUUCUUCCAGACGCAGCAAAAUAGUCUCAUGGAGAAGGCUGGACGUGUCAUCGUCGCCUCAACGCUGAGCGAUUCUGUAGCUAGAUACACAACGUAA